CUCAAGUGCAACACUGGGCCGGUCCAACAAAUUCCAAAUCCCCCUCCACCGCCGCAUUUAUUCUGUCCUUGAGUCCAGUUCGACAUAUAAUAGGCGCCGGUUAGAGUAGAGAACAUUCAAGUCAAGAUGAGUUGUUCUCACGCAGAGUCUCCUCAGCUCCGCUCCCCUGGUCCAAAUCAAGCGGUCUACCGCGAGGACUGCACCCAAUGCUUCGAUUCGAUUGACGACCCGGCCGGACUGGAUGUCUGUCUCUCCUGCUUCAACGGCGGAUGCGCAGGCGACCGCAACCACUCACAGAAACAUUUUGAACUAACAAGUCACCCUCUCGUACUGAACAUCAAGCGUACCCGGAAAAGAGUUACUCGCGACGAGCCCCCACAGAAGAUCUCGAAGCUCGCUAUAGCCGCCGAAACGGAAGCCGAUCGCUAUGACACGACUACACAAGUCAAGUGUCUUCAACAUGGCGUUGUCGAUGUCGGAGCAUCGGGGACCAAGCUCGCACAGGUUGUGGAGGAUGUGCUGAAGGCGAAUACGUUUGCGAAGCAGGAGGAGGUGAAGGCGUGGGAGCAAGAGUUGACCGCCUGCGAGCAUACGUUGUGUCUGGAACAAGAUGAGGCGAGGCAAAUAGAGUCACAGAGUCUGGGACACUGUUCUGCCUGCGAUCUGAAAGAGAACCUCUGGCUGUGCCUUACAUGCGGGAAUCUAGGAUGCGGUCGUGCUCAGUUUGGUGGCGUUGGUGGCAAUUCCCAUGGCCUGGCGCAUACGCAGUCAACGAAACAUCCCGUUGCUGUGAAGCUUGGAUCGUUGACGGCGGAUGGCACGGCGGAUAUCUACUGUUAUGCGUGUGACGAGGAAAGGAUCGAUCCAGAGUUACCGAACCAUCUCGCGCACUGGGGCAUUGAUAUCAAAGAUCGGGUGAAGACGGAAAAGAGCUUGACGGAGAUGCAAGUGGAGCAGAACUUGCGAUGGGAAUUUGCAAUGACGACCGAGGACGGGAAAGAGCUCAAGCCGCUGUUUGGACCGGGAUUCACCGGACUCAAGAACCUAGGGAACAGCUGCUAUCUUAACAGCGUUCUGCAGAGCUUGUUUUCGUUCCCUGCAUUUGCGGACAGGUACUACCUCCCUGAUGAGGAACUCCCCAAGAACUUGCAUCCCGCAGAAGAUCUGGAGACUCAGCUACGGAAAGUUGCCGAUGGGCUUCUCUCAGGGCGGUAUUCGAAACCGGACAGCGAUGUCAUUGCGUCGGAGCACACUUCGGAAAAUCCACACCAGAAGGGGCUCGCUCCCGCCAUGCUAAAACACCUCAUGGGCCGGGGCCAUCCUGAGUUUUCAACAAUGCGACAGCAGGAUGCGUUUGAACUGUUGCUUCACCUGCUCAAGCUCGUCUCACGCUCUCAGCAUGUUGCUCCCCACCGGAAUCCAGUCGAUGCAUUCAGCUUUGUGACAGAGCAGAGAUUGCAGUGCAACAGCUGCAAGAAGGUGCGCUACAGUACUAAUGAGCAGGACAACAUCACCGUUCCAGUACCAAUUCGGCGGAUACCGAAGGAUGAUACGAUGGAAGUCACAGAUUCUCAAGGAAAAGAGAAAGAAAAGGAGGAGUUCGAGCCUGUUACCUUGCAGGAAUGUCUCGAGAUUUUCACGGGUGAUGAGACGAUUGACGACUAUGACUGUGGCUCUUGUGGACGCAAGGUUAGCGCUACGAAAAGGACAAUGUUCAAGACAUUUCCUGAGGUGCUGUCCAUCAAUGCACGCCGAUUUGAAGUCGUCAAUUGGGUGCCCACUAAACAAGAUGUGCCGGUGAUGGUCAGUGACGAACCAAUCUCCUUUGAUGCCUACAAGUCCAAGGGUCUUCAAGAGGGCGAAGAAGAACUUCCGGAAGAUGCCAAUGCCGGAGUUGCCCCGAAGUGGACACCCAAUGAAGCGGCAUUAUCGAUGCUAGAAGCAAUGGGUUUCCCUCGCGUCAGGUGCGAAAAAGCUCUACAUGCGACUGGCAAUUCGGAUCCAGAGGCGGCCUCGAACUGGCUAUUUGCACAUAUGGAAGACCCUGACAUCGACGUUCCGGUGGAUUUCAACGCUGGCAGCGGUUCUGGUGCCGCAGCUUCCGUUACUGUUGAUCCGGAGAAGUUAGAGUCACUGGGAGCCAUGGGGUUCAGUGCUCCGCAGGCACGGCAAGCUCUCCGAGAGACGGGCGGGGACAUGGAGAGAGCUGUAGAUUGGUUAUUCAGCCAUCCCGAUGCUCAGGGCGAUUUCGAGGAGGGAGGCAGUGGUGAGGGUCACGCCGAAGCUCAAGAGAAAAAGAUGCCUGGAAGCGAUAAGCUGCCGGCGAACUUCCAGCUUCAAUCGAUUGUCUGCCACAAGGGGAGCUCGAUUCAUGCCGGCCACUAUGUGGCCUUCGUCCGCAAGCAGAUUCCAGGCGAGGACACGGCAUCCUGGGUUCUGUUCAACGACGAGAAGGUCGCUAAGGCAGCAGAUGUCGAGGAGAUGAAGAAGUUUGCCUAUGUCUACUUUUUCCGGCGUUUGUGAGACGGGCAUUCUGGAUCGACGGAGAUAGGCUCGGACUAGCCUUUCCCAAAAGGGAGAAUCUGUCUGGGGUUAUGGUUUAGCUGUCACACCGCAGUCGAGAAGCAGAUGU